AAAAUAUUGAGCAUAACAGCUGACAACACUUCAAACAACGAUACUAUGGUGGAUGAAUUACCGGACAUGGUAGCUCAUUUCGGCGGCAAGAACACACAUACCCAGUGUUUCCUUCAUAUCAUCAAUUUAGUAGCCAAAUCCUUGAUCCGCCAAUUUGAC